CCUUCUUUUUCCACGGCACGGUCGAUCAGUAUUGCCCGUAUUGCCAAGGAGUUCUCCUGCAGCAGCAGCAGCUGGUCGACAUAUUGUAGCAGAAAGACAACCAGCGUUGAGCGCCACCAGCAAGGCGCGCCGCGCAACGACGACUCAAAACGAAAGUGAAUGUGAACGUGACAAGUUCGAAUCGCCUGCGACGACGCACUAAUCUGCAAAAGUGAACAAAUAAUUGCGCUUGUGAAAUUUUAGUGUUUAUAGUGAUAAGGAAGCAAGUGCAAUCCUAGUAGGAAAAUACUAGAAGAGAUCAUGAUUAAAGUUACCAAAACAACCGGGGCGUAUGCGGCCCUGGUUUCCGUUGUAUCUGGAACAAUCGUAUGGUUCAACUUCCGACCGUUGGGAAUCUUCUUCUUCUCUGGUUUGGUGGUGUUUUGGUGUCGGCAGUACGCCAAUCUCCCUCAAAUGACCCCACUGGUCGAGGAUAGGCUUCGACAGUGGGGCCGCCGGGCGCUGGAACUUCGGAACGAGAAGCCUGGCAUGUUCUGUGCGCUCAUAUCGGGCUUCUUGGUUGUGUUGGCUUUCAUCGGUCACGUGGUUUCCGGAGCGUACAUCGUGGUCGCACUGCUGGUGCUGUCCAUCGUGAUUUCCACCAAGUAUGACAUCAAAAUCGUUGCCGAUCAGGGGACAAAGUAA